GCGGCUGCCCCCGCUGCGUUGGCUGCCCCACUACCGCUGGCGGCCCUGGCUGCUCGGGGAUGCGGUGGCCGGAGUGACCGUGGGCAUCGUGCACGUGCCCCAGGCUCCCCUCAUCUGUGCAAUUAUGCGCGAAGUCUUGGACACGGUCCGGCUCAGGGAACUGGAGAGAGGCCGGACGCCUGCCCCCCAGGACGCGGCCGACACAGAUCUCUGACCUUAUCCGCCCCACGACCUCCCAUCGAGGCCCGUUAACCCCUCAGUUCCCUCAUGUGGCGCAUGGCUUUUGCUCUCCUGACCUCUGUGCCCCCAGUGUUCGGACUCUACACUUCUUUCUUUCCCGUCCUCAUCUACACCUUGUUGGGUACUGGGAGACACCUGUCCACCGGAACUUUCGCGGUACUCAGCCUUAUGACGGGCUCGGCCGUGGAGCGGCUGGUGCCUGAACCCCUCGAGGGGAACCUGAGCGGCAUCGAGAGGGAACAGCUGGAUGCUCAGCGGGUUGGUGCGGCUGCGGCCAUGGCCUUCGGGAGCGGGGCACUGAUGCUGGGAAUGUUCGCGCUGCAGCUCGGCGUCCUGGCCACCUUUUUGUCGGAGCCUGUAGUCAAGGCGCUGACCAGUGGGGCCGCCCUGCACGUGCUCGUGUCCCAACUGCCUAGCCUUUUGGGGUUGCCCCUCCCGCGUCAGAUCGGCUGCUUCGCUCUCUUCAAGACGCUGGCCGCCGUGCUGACGGCGCUGCCGCGGAGCAGUCCCGCCGAACUGACCGUCUCGGCACUCAGCCUGGCGCUGCUCGUGCCCGUCAAGGAAUUGAACGUGAGGUUCCGAGACCGGCUGCCCACCCCGAUCCCAGGGGAAAUCGUCAUGGUGCUUCUGGCCUCCGUGCUCUGUUUCACCUCUUCCCUGGACACAAGAUACAACGUCCAGAUAGUUGGACUGCUGCCCGGAGGAUUUCCCCAGCCUCUCCUCCCCAGCCUGGCUGAGCUGCCCAGGAUUCUGGCCGACUCGUUGCCCAUGGCACUGGUUACCUUCGCAGUGUCUGCCUCCCUGGCCUCCAUCUAUGCAGACAAGUACAGCUACACUAUUGAUUCCAACCAGGAGCUCUUUGCACAUGGUGUCUCCAACCUCAUCUCCUCCCUCUUCUCUUGCUUUCCCAACUCGGCCACAUUGGCCACAACCAGCCUACUAGUGGAUGCUGGUGGGAACACACAGCUGGCAGGCCUCUUCUCCUGUAUGGUUGUCCUGUCUGUGCUGCUGUGGCUGGGGCCCUUCUUCUACUAUCUGCCCAAGGCUGUCUUGGCCUGCAUCAACAUCGCCAGCAUGCGCCAGAUGUUCUUCCAGAUGCGAGAACUUCCACAACUAUGGCGCAUCAGCCGCGUGGACUUUGCUGUGUGGAUGGUCACAUGGGUGGCUGUCGUGACCCUGAGUGUGGACCUGGGCCUGGCUGUCGGUGUGGUCUUCUCCAUGAUGACUGUGGUCUGCCGCACCCAGAGGGUACAGUGCCUGGCACUUGGACUGGCUGAGGGGACAGAGCUCUACAGGCCACUCAGAGAGAGUCACAAGCUCCUCCAGGUCCCAGGGCUCUGCAUCCUGAGCUAUCCAACACCGCUCUACUUUGGGACCCGUGGGCGGUUUCGCCGCAUCCUGGAGUGGCAUCUGGGGCUUGGAGAAGGAGGCAAGGAGGCCCCAAGGACAGAUGGCCCACCUGAUGCAGUUGCUGAGCCUGUCAGAGUGGUAGUCCUAGACUGCAGUGGUGUCACCUUUGCAGAUGCUGCAGGGGCCAGAGAAGUGGUUCAGCUGGCCAGCCGAUGCCGAGAUGCUAGGAUCCACCUUCUCCUGGCUCAGUGUAAUGCCUCAGUGCUGGGGACACUGACCCAGGCAGGACUCCUGGAUAGAGUGACCCCAGAACAGCUGUUUGUGAGUGUCCAGGAUGCAGCUGCAUAUGCCCUGGAGAGACUGGUGAGGGGCAAUAGCAACGGGAAUGGAAGCCAGGAGGUGCUGGGCUAUGGCGAAGGAGGUGUGAGUCAGUGA